GGAGGGAGGCAGGAACGGAAGGGACGAGGUCUGGAUCAGCACAGGGAGGAGCAAGUGCAGGGACAGAGGACAAAGGCGCAUGUUGAAGUGGGCGACGAGGUGAAGUGACCUAGAGAGAGAAAGAGUGGAGGUGAGAGAAGCGGAGGUCGGGGAGGGGCGAGGAGGGCGGGAGGGAGGGAGGGAGGAGGAGAAGAGGGGGAGGGCAGACCAGUUAGUGAGAUUUCCAUGCCGGCGUCGCCUGCUUCCUCGCACCUCCCGGAGGGGCAGAGAGGCGGGGGAGCGACUUCUGUAACAUCCGUGCCAUCAUCGGCAAGUAGCGUCGUGCCAUCGGCGAGUGUUGCCGUAGACAGAGACAGAGCAACUCUUCGAGGAUCCGGUGGCGAUGACCUAACGAGUAGAACCUACAGUAUCUCUACGCCCGAUUCGGUCUUAUCAACGCCAUCAUGGGAUGGUGGCCGUAGUAGUAGUUCUCCUUUUGGAGCAGGUGGCGCAGACAGUAGCGGUGGCUUGAUAAGAGUGCAAGAGGGUGUCGGAGGCCCCUCGCGCGGCUCCCCGGUGAUGGAUGUUACCAGGUUGCAGCAGCAGCUCAGCGAGUUCACCGAUAGCUUGUUUGCUGAGGGGCUGCUUGACGAUCAGUUCACCCAGCUCCAGCUACUACAGGAUGCAAACAAUCCCGAUUUUGUUGCGGAGGUCGUUUCUCUCUUUUUUGAGGAUUCGGAAAAGCUGCUUGAGCAAUUGACGGAGUCACUUGAAACAACUCCAAUAGACUACAGGAAGGUUGAUGCUCAUGUUCAUCAAUUCAAGGGUAGCAGCUCCAGUAUUGGUGCCCAACGAGUUAAGACAGCCUGCAUCACCUUUCGGACAUGUUGUGAGGAGGAGAACAGGGAAGGGUGUCAGCAGGCGCUGGUGCAGGUGAAGAAUGAGUUUAACCUUGUGAAAACCAAGUUGGAACUAUUGCUUAAGAUGGAGCAACAAAUCUUGGCCGCGGGAGGGACCCUACCUUUUAUGGAGUGAUUCAGUAAUGAAAUUUUAUCUUCAAAAAAUUUGUACAGUCUCUCCUUGAGGGUCAGAGGUGUAGACCUGCAAUGUGCAGAAAGAUAGUUUGACCAAUAAAGGUCAAGAAUGCUCAAAGUGUGCAGGAGGAGAAACCGGUGCAAAACCUUUAAACUUUAACCAACAGACGCGUUGUGUCUAGUUAUUUUUUCGGAGGAUAGCUGCUGCCACUUGUCCGGAGCACAUUUGUGCGCCGGGGCUUGGGUCUCUCGUUGUUUCCGAGUAUGUUGCAGAUGAUAUCUUCUGGAGCUCGCGUUUGCGCCAGAUACUGGAUCAUUCACUGGACUUUUCUUGGUAUACUCGGAGGACGCAAUUUGUGCAUCUUCACUUGGAGCCCAUGCCUUUGACAGCUCUGUAUCUCCCAGGAGGGUUGUGUAGGGUAGUUCCUCAGGCAAUUCUGUUGCCGGCACUGGGGUUACUGGUCGUAGAUCGGACGGAUUUGAUAUCGGCCAUGUAAUCAUGGACUUCGCACUUGAGCAGAUAUUUCACCUAUGCAGACGAUUUUUGUACUUGAAAGUUUCGAGAGUAAAGAUGCAAUGAGUUACUGGUUUAGU